UUGAUGUCAAACUGGUGGAGAUUCAAUUCAAGACUUCAAAGCUCAGCAUCUCUUCCCAAUUCUCAGUCAUCUGGUCAAGGGUUUUUCGUUUUCCCCUAUAUUCCUUCAAUUCUCACUGAGUCAAAUCAAUAACAAGGCGGAGAUCUCCAAGAAAUGGCAAAUCAAGGUGCGAAGAAGCGAAGGGAUGAGAACACACGUCAUAUGAACAAUCUCUUUCGCAUCAUUAUCGCCUGCAAUGUUGUUUACAUCUUGUUAAGAGCAGGGGUGUUCUAUUCAAGUUUUACAUGGCUUCAUUGGAUUGGCUUAAUCUUGACUUCAAGUGCCUACUAUCUCUGCUAUACACAGCUGGCAUCCAUGGCAAAACCUACUUAUUCUGAUAAUGGAGACCUUUUUGAUGGAGGAUUCGAUAUGAGUACUGGUGGAGCUUGUGGAUAUCUGCAUGAUGUUAUUUACAUUACAUGCUUUGUACAACUCACAUCUAUCAUUUCUGGGAAGUUUUGGUGGAUAUAUGCUGUGAUACCAGGAUUUGCAGUGUAUAAAGGAUGGGGUUUAAUUAAGGGAUUUCUCCCUCAGGGAGGCUCAGAGGGAGUUGAAGAAGAUGAAAAGACAAGAAAGAAAAGAGAGAAGAUGGAGAAGAAAGCGUCAAGAGGCAAAUUUGUUAAAGCAAAAGCACGAUAGAAAGGGACUUCAAUUUGAUCAUAUUUUGUUUUGUGAAAUGAUUUUGAGUAUUUAGUCUCGUUGAUUGUAAUGAUAUAUUUACACAUAUAUUCGGCUCAACUUAGACUUAUCUAGAACAACUUUUUAAAUUUGGAUUAGUUUAAUUGCUUUAAAUUAAUACUCAAAUGAUGUUUUCUAGUGUUUAA